AUGGGCAAGAAAUCCGCUACCGCCGCCGUCAACCCAAAGCAGAACUGUGCCUGCGGACGCCACGCCAUGGGCGAGAAGGAACCCUGCCGCUUCUGCCCGAAUGUUGUCUGUGACAGCUGCAGAGAAGAAUACUGCUGUGGACCGAUCUGCGAAAAGUGCGAGGGUGACCGCAAGACAUUGAUGAAGUGCGACCAGUGCGAGUCGCCUGUCUGCGAAAAGUGCAUCGUCAUCACCAAGGGUGCGCGCGAGGGCAACCAGUGCAAGAGCUGCAAGGCCGGAAUGAACGUCCCUGCCCAGGCUAAAGCCAACGAAGCUACCAUCGGAGCGUAA